AUGUUUCGACUAACGGUUUUAGGAGGACCGCUUCCUAAUAAGACUCAAAUACGAAUGAAUUCUUCGAGCAGUUAUAUAAGGAAUACUUUUAUAAAUUACUUUAAAAAUGAUCAUGACCAUAAAUAUAUCAAAUCCAGUUCUGUUGUGCCUUUAUGUGAUCCUACAGUACCUUUUGUGAAUGCUGGCAUGAAUCAGUUUAAAGGUGUUUUCUUAGGCAUAGUGGAAGCUCCAUGUUCUCGUGCAGUUAACUCACAAAAAUGUGUUCGUGUGGGUGGCAAGCACAAUGACUUAGACAUAGUUGGAAUGGAUGGCACACAUCAUACAUUUUUUGAAAUGCUCGGCAAUUGGUCAUUUGGAGAUUAUUACAAGAAAGAAGCUUGUCAAAUGGCAUGGGACCUUCUACUUGGUCCAUAUCGUCUUAAGCCUGAAAAUUUAUUGGUGACAUAUUUUGCUGGGGAUGCUGUUAUUGGACUGCAGGAAGAUAGAGAAUGCAGGGAUAUUUGGAAACAGAUUGGUGUACCUUCAAGCCAAUUAAAAGCUCAUGGUGCAAGGGAUAAUUUUUGGGAGAUGGGCCUCACAGGACCAUGUGGUCCGUGUACAGAGAUUCAUUACAUUCACCCUGAUGGCACACUUACGGAGAUAUGGAACCUGGUGUUUAUUCAGUGCAAUAGAGAAUCAGACGGUUCCGUGACGAGUUUGAGGCGACACCACGUAGAUACUGGCAUGGGCUUGGAGCGCAUGGCGGCGCUGCUGCAGGGCGUACGCUCCAACUAUGACACCGACCUGUUCCGACCUAUCAUUGCUGCUAUUGAAAAGAAUAGCAAACAUGUACCACCGUACAGCUCUCGCUACGGCGCCGACGCGCGCCGCGACCGUGCGUACCGGCGGCUGGCGGACCACGCGCGCAUGGUCGCCGUGUGCCUCGCUGAUAGAGCCUUCCCUUCCUCUAGCCUUAAUUUAAAACAAGUGAUGCGCAAAUCGUUCAAAAUAAGCACAGAUGUCUUCCAAAAUCCUAAUCUUUUAAACCUUCUAUACAAUGAAGUGAUGGCAACACUUGGAGAAACGUAUCCUGAAAUCGUUGCCAGAGAGAAAGACGCAAAGUUGAUUAUCGACUAUGAAAGAGAUAAUUAUGCUAAGUUAAGAUCAAAUAUGGCCAAAAAAUGGAAAGAGCUGGUUAAAAUGUACCCUGAGGUAGAAGCGAUGAGUGACAUCGAAAGCGCAGGGUUUGCUUUAGGCUAUAAGGAAUUUAAGGAGACAAUGUCCAAAGUGAACUCCACUGUCGUACCCGGCGAAUUAGUGUUCAAACUAUAUGACACUCACGGUCUCCAAGACGACGUCAUUGAAAGGAUAGCAAAGUUAAAUAAUCUAGAAAUAGACAAAAAAAGCUUCUGGAAACUUCUAUCAAACCAUAAAUCCAGACAUAAAACUGCUUUUAAAGAACAGUCUUCAAAUAAAGGCAUUAUGUUUGAUAAAGCUAUCGAAACUUUACACCAAAAUGGCGUCACAGUCACUGACGAUCAACCCAAGUACAAUUUUAUGGAAACAAAUAACCAAAUUACCUUCAAACCUUUGAAAAGUAAAGUGGUAGCCAUAUUGAGUGACGAUGGCGAAUGGAUAGACUUUUCAGAGCCAUCCGAAAAUAAGCCUUAUUACAUAGUAACAGAGAGCACAAAUUUCUACUGUGAAGAGGGUGGUCAAAUAGCUGACGAUGGUCAUAUAAUGUUUAAUGAAAAUAUAAAAUUUAAAGUGGAUAACGUUUUUAAAAUUCGUGACAUAGUUUUUCAUAAAGGACAAUUUAUAUUGAAAGUGACAGAUAGUGAUGUGUACGUUAGAAACGGCAAUAGUGUUAGUUUAGAAAUAAAUAGUGACAAAAGGCUGAAUAUUAUGAUAAAUCACACAGCUUUACAUUUGUUGAAUGCUGCACUGAGGAGAGUUUUGCCUAAUAGUGUGAUAUGCCAAGUUGGAUCUAGCGUAACAGAAAAAGGGUUCUCUUUAAAUUUGUCGGUUUACGGCGAAAAAUUGUCUCAGAAGGUGAUUUUACAAGCUCAAGAAUUAGUCAGGGAAAGUAUCAAAGCGAACGUCUCGAUACAAACGCGAGUGUUGGACAGUACGCAACUAUCGAUGGAAGAAGACGUGGUGACCGUCCCUGGUGAGACAUAUCCAGAAACUGGUCUAAGACUCGUCUCCUCUUCGCCUCCACUGGUAUCCAAGGAGCUGUGCUGCGGCACGCACGUGGCGGCGGGCGCGGCGCUGCGCGAUGCGUGCGCGGUGGCGCUGCGCGGCGGCGGCGGCCACGCGCCCGCGCUGCACGCGCUGGCCGGGCCCGGCGCCGUGCAGGCACGCGAGCUGUUCUGCCGAGCGCAGAAGCUGUCAGAAGUAGCGGAUCUGGCAGACGCUGACAGGAUCAGAGAGGAAGUGUCCGUCAUCAGGGGCGAGCUGUCGCGGCUGUGCGGCUGGGCGGGCGGCGCGCCCUGCGGCGACCACGCGCACUGUCUGCAGCUGCUGGACACGUUGCUGAAGAGAGCUACUGACAAGAAUGAUGUUGUGCUGCAAUCAAUAGCUGAGUCGGAGAUACAGGAGGCGUGCGCGGCGGCGGCGGCUGAAGGCCGGCUAUUCACGGUGCACUUCCUGCGCGUGUCGUACCUGCUGUCUGCGGCGGCGGCGCGGCGCUGCGUGGCGAGCCCGCCUGCCCCCGCGCGCCCCGCCAUGCUGCUGGGCUGCGCCGGCGGCGUCGUGGUUGCCGCAGCGCAUGUGCCGCAAGAAAUGGUAACACCAACGUUCACAGCGGAAAAAUGGCUGUCCUGCGUGCUGCCGAUAUUCAAGGCGCACAUUUUGCCCGCGAGCGAACAAUCCCUGCUCACACGCGCUGAAAUGAGCUCCACGAAGGUGAGCCUGAUCACGUGCGAGCAGCUGGUGCAGGAUGCCAUGCGCGUCGCCAUCAAGUACGCGCAGGCGCAGCUGCGGCGCGCCUCCCCCGCGCCCGGCCCUGCGCGCCGCGCCGCCGAGCACGAG